CACACCCAGUAGUGACGGAACACCGUGAGCUGAUUUGACAACCGCCUUGAGCUAAGAAGCAGCAGAAGAAAAAGGAAUGUUCAAAUGUCAGCCAACCAGGAAGCACAAACAGAUGAACUGCUGGCGCUAGAGAGCAUAUAUGAUGAAGAGGCGUUUCACAGGACAGAAUCAAGACAGAGGGGCAAGAUCAAUCUGUGCCUUGAGCUUCCUCCUAACUUCAGACUGCUAGUCAAGGGGGAGGCAUGCGUAGAGUAUGGAAUAUCCUUUCUACCCCCUUUGGUUCUGAGUUUUGAGCUUCCUACAGACUACCCUUCAUCAUUGGCUCCAGUCUUCACUUUAAGCUCCAAAUGGCUUUCAAGAGUUCAGAUCACUGCACUUUGCAAGAGACUGGAUGAACUUUGGGAAGAGAACAGGGGAACUGUGGUUCUUUUUACCUGGAUACAGUUUCUAAAGGAAGAAACUCUGGAAUUUCUGAACCUCCAAUCUCCCCUCGAGAUCCAAACCAUUGGUGGGCAGCCUCACUAUGAAUCUGGUCAGAACCAGUCAGACACUGCUGUUGAAAAGAACAAAGUGCAAGAGUUGGACCAACGGGCAGUCCAAGAAGUUGACCCUCACACAGAUAUACUAACCCAACUGCUGGAUUUUAAUGAAGCUCAGAAACAGAAGGUGUUUGAUAGCAAGGCUUUUUGCUGUGGAAUCUGCUUCUCUGAGAAUCUGGGUUCCAACUCUUUGCUCUUCAAGGAGUGUCAGCAUGUUUACUGCAAGGCAUGUGUGAAGGAAUACUUUCAGAUCCAGAUUAGAGAUGGCAAAGUCCAGUGCCUUACCUGUCCUGAGCCCGAGUGUAUGUCCUUGGCCUCUCCUGCACAGGUAAAACUUCUGGUGGGCGAAUAUGAAUAUGCCCGCUAUGACCGCCUCCUUCUGCAGUCGAGUCUGAACCUAAUGGCAGAUGUUGUUUAUUGUCCACGCAUGAGUUGCUGUAUGGCUGUGAUGAUCGAGCCUGACGCCAACAUGGGCAUCUGCCCCUCUUGCCGAUUCGUCUUCUGCACCCUCUGCAAGCGAACAUACCAUGGCCUCUCUCUCUGCAAAGAAUUACAAAUGGAAAAGGACCUACAAGAAAAGCAGCUAAUUCAAAGAGCAACGGAUGAGUCGUUAAGUGAAGACUGGCUGAUGCAUAACACUAAACUCUGCCCUUCCUGUCGCAUUAACAUUCAGAAAGACCUGGGCUGCAACAAGAUGACCUGCAUUUCAUGUCAAAAGUAUUUCUGCUGGAUCUGCCUUGCAGUUCUUAACAGAAAUGACCCCUACAGCCACUUCCGAGGCGACACCAAUCCGUGCAAUAACCUUUUAAAUGCUGACAUAUAGUGGUUGUUCUUCACCUACAAAGAAUAAGGCAUGCGUCACAUUACGGGACUGGUUUUAUUUCACCUCUAGAGGGCUGUUUUACUGUAGAACCAAAGACCGUAAGCUGUAGACAAGUAAAACCCUCAAGUGCCAGUGCACUGAGAAAUUUAAAACUAUUGCAAACUAUCACCAUUAAUUUGAACAGAUAACCACAAAUUCCACAAAGUAAAUAUAAGUGCAUAU